UGCGAUAUUCGCGAAUAAAAUUUGCAUUGCGAAUAUUCGCGAGCAACACUAUUAGACACCAAGAAGGAGAGGGAAACAAGAAGCAGGGCUCACAAUCAGACAUGGACAUAAUGCAUUUAAGUACGCCUCUUCAAGGUGUACACAUUGGAAGCAUAGAAGAGGAGGUACCCCUUGAUUUCAUUCAUGAUGUGUCCAGUCGUGAACAAUAUCAAAGUCCUGUAUUGCCACUCCUAUUUACAACUGACCUUCCAGAAUCAUCACCACCAUCAUCCUCUGGCUCUUUAGUUGUAAUGGAUACACCACCCUCCCAUUCAAGUAGUGCCACCGUCCCCAGUACAAGGCCUCCAGCUUCCAAAAGCAAUCCCCUCCCGCAAAAUGCCCCAUCUGCACUACCCGGUUCCAGUUCCAGCCGGAAAUCUAAAGUUUGGGAGCAUUUUUCAAUAGUUGGUGAUGGUAGAUCAGCUAAAUGUAAGCUAUGUGGCAGGGAAGUCAGUCGUGGUAGAGUUAUAGGGCAUCUGACUAAUUCUGGCAUGAAUCACCAUUUGCGCACACACCACAAGCCAGUCCUGUUAAGAGAAGACAGUGGGUUGUUGUCACCUCAACCUAGUAAAAAAGGGCAAGUAGUUCUAGUUCCAGUGCUACCAUCAGCUCAGAUAACCUGGACAAGGGGCACAGAGGUGAAGCUGUUGACCCCAGUCAAUCAAAACAGCCCACCUUGGAUCAAUUUAGUGGAUUUCAUUCCAGGGGGAUUUCAAGACAGCAGUCCCGUAAAAUUACCCGCCUCAUUGGCGAGCUCAUAGCCGUCGGGGGAGCUCCCUUUAACAUGGUGGAGGGGGAACCGUUUAAACGUCUAAUGCAGGCAGUUGCACCCCAGUAUGUAAUUCAUCCCGUACUACAUUUAGUCGCAGUAUAGUACCCUUCUUACAUAAAUCUUGUGUGGAGUUAAUAAAACAGGAGCUAGGCAGAGCCGCAGGACAGUCAGUACAUUUCACCACAGACUUGUGGAGUGCUCCCAGUGGGCAGCAUGCCUUCUUAUCACUAACAGCACACUGGUGGCAGCCCAUUGUAAUGGAACCAGCCCAAAUUACAUCAGGGUCAAGAAGCACAGGAGCUGAUGUUGUAGAAAAACAAAAUCAGGGGCACUGCUCAUUCCUACUGCAUGCAGAGGUUUUAGAUGAGCAGCGCAGCUCGCAUAACAUAACUCGUGCAUUACAGAAAAUGGUGGCAGAGUGGCUUGGGGAGCAGGCAAAUACACAGGCGAAGAUGGGGUUUGUGGUCACUGAUGAGGCAGCCAAUAUGUUAAAAGCACUGCGGGAUGGCAAAUUUGUUGGUGUCCGAUGCUCCGCCCAUGUCCUCCAUCUUAUAGUAAAGGCUGGUAUAGAUGACACCACUGAGAGCAAUACAAAGCUCUCUGAAGUGUUAGACUCCUGUAGGAAAAUUGCAGGCCAUUUUCAUAGAAGUGUGAAGGACAGUCACAUUUUCAGGCAGGAGCAGAUUAAGGCAGGUCUUCCUCAACACCGCCUGAAGCAGGAUGUAAGCACCAGGUGGAAUUCUACAUUGGACAUGCUUGAAAGAAUUCUGGAGCAACAAAAAGCAAUACAUGCAAUGUCACAUGAACAUGUCCUCGGUGUGACCAGACCACUUAGCAGGGAGGAGUGGAAAAUAAUAGCUCAGGUGGUGACUGUACUAAGCCCCUUUCGUGCAGACACAGCAAACCUAAGUCAAGAAUAUGCAAGCUUGGCUCAAGUCAUCCCCCUCUUUACCCAUCUUGUUAACAAAAUGGAUGCCAUCCUCAACCAUAGAGAAAACUUGUCUGGAGGAUACAUAGUACCUGAUGUUGCCACACUUGUCAGGAGACUGCAUGGACAAUUAAACCGGAGGAUCACAGAGCUCACUGAUGCUUGCCCUGAACUGAUGCUUGCCACCAUGUGUGACCCCCGAAUUAAGGGCAAAAUGGCACUCCAAGCCAAUUCCCUAACAAGCUGGAGAGAGAAAUUAAUCAACAGGGUGUGUGACAGGCAAAGACACUUGGUUGUGCCGUCAGAGAGGGACAAUGAUGAUGAUGAUGAAGAAGAAGAGGAGGAUGAGUCUGCUAUGUCAUCAUCACCCAUCACAAACACUGCUGGACACUCAUCAAGAGCUGCUGACUUUUGGGCAGAAACUUUGCAAACCUUGGUCGGACACACCAGACAACCCUCAAGGAUACCCAGAGAUAAGGUUGCAGAGACUGUAAAAAGUUAUUUGUCUGAACCCCAUCUGGCACCUACAGCGGAUAGUCUCAAGUACUGGGAUGAAAGGAGGGCGAUUUGGCCUGCUCUCUCCAUGGUGGCCCAGGAGCUCCUAUCCUGCCCCCCAACCUCUGUGCAAAGUGAACGGGAUUUAGUGGACAUUUAGUGGACAAUUUUGUGGAUACAACAAGGACGUAAAUUUAUGUGGUAAAGGAGUUCAGCAAAUCAGUGGCAGGAUUUGGCACCAUUUUGUAUGAGGCUACAAUAUACAAGUCAACAUGAAACUUUGGUAAUAGAAUACAGAGGUAAUACAAUAAACCUGAACAUUGCCAACAUUUCUAACAUAACAAAACUGUCAACCAGCCUAAAAAUAUUGCCAUCAGGAGGUCCACCCUUAGCUGUGCUGUGGCCUGAAGGUGCUGGCCAACAUCACUUGGAAGUCGUCAGCCUGCCGACGGUGAAGUCGGUGCAUGGUCCUAUUCAAGCGUCGCAUCUCCCAUGCAAGGUGCCUCGUCUCCCUGGACAACCUGUCCCUUUCUUGGAGUACCCUAAGAUCUCUCUGCCUCGGAUGUCUGAGCCUCUGGCAGGAGGUGCUUCUUCAAUUCCAGCUCCCAGUUCUUGAAGUUGAAGUUUUUUGACUACUGAUGCCCUGCAGUCAUAGUACCUGAUUGUGUUUUACAUAAAAUAGUUUAUUCAAGUUUAUCAUACCAUUUCCGUUUUAUGACAAUAAACUGUUUUGUUGAG